AUGACAGCCAUGGAGGCAGACACAAGAGAGCCUGAGGCAGACACAAGAGAUCGCCUGGAGGUGGAGAUGACCAAGGACAUGGCGGACAUGGAAGAGAUGGAGGACACGGAGAAGACGAUCAAGGACAUGGCGGACAUGGAGGAGAUGGAGGAAUACUGUGGAAUAAGUACAGUAGCUUCGACUUGCAAAGAUGACGAUGACCAUCACGGAGGACAUGGUAAGGGACACCACAAACACCGAAACAAUCGCCAUCAAUCGCCACAAUGGGCCAGAAAAAAGAGAUGGAACAAAAACCGUGACGUCACCAACCUCGUUUGUUUGUAUUUUGAUCCCUCUGAUUUCACGACAACCACUGCUGCCCCAACAACCACUGCUGCCCCAACAACCACUGCUGCCCCAACAACCACUGCUGCCCCAACAACCACUGCUGCCCCAACAACCACUGCUGCCCCAACAACCACCAGUGUCGCCCCUGCGCGA